UGACACUGAGAAGGGAAAAACCGACAGUCAGCUUUUUAGAGUCAGUGUUGCGGCCAAUUUUAUCGGAUAUUUUCGUUGGAAUCGCAAUCUGACAGCUCAUCAUGCAGAUAGUAAUAUUCUUAAGUGGAUGAGGUAAUACCGUUUGAGAAAAAAAGAAAACAAAACUUUGCUAAUCGGUAGCUUUUAAACGUCAAGAUGCGCCUAAUUUAUAGGCUGAUGAAAAAAAUAAUAAAAUUAGAGCAUCGUUUUCACAUUUUACAAUUUAAGAAACUAUAGGCUGCUGACAGAAAUCCUGAGGUUUUAUAUAUUUUUCAGAUUUUAAACUAUAUAAAAAAGAUAUUAGCUAUUUAUUUGUAGGGAAUUAAAAAAUUGUUUUUACUAUUAUUAUUUAUUUUUUUCAUUAUGACCAGAUUUAUUAAAUUAAGCCAACCCUUCAGCUUGUUAGAAGCACUUCCAAACCUCUAAUUUUACAUUCAUGACAAAGAGGCGCACAUAAAGGACUGGAGAGGCUUAAUUAUGGUCUGAAGCAAUUCACACAUAUUUAUUUCUGCAUUUUAGAAGCUUCAAGCCAGGGAGUGAAAUCCGGACAGGUUGUUAUAGCUACGCAAUCCACAGGGGUUCCGAUGUCUAUUUAAAAUCCUUCAGACCCUCCCUCUCUCCUUUAAACAACAUUAUAUAUCACACACACGCUGCAUGCUAAUGCCGAGCAAUUCUCAGUGAGCACUAAAACACAUCUUAAAAUUAGCUCAUUCUGGUGUUUGAGUUCAAGCUGCCUGAAAGGCAACAGAGGGAACAUAUCAUCAGAAUUCCCCCUUUGGCAAUACCUGCUGAUUGGGUCCUAAAAAAAAAAAAAAAAAAAAAAAAGCAAGCGGCUUUUAACUUUUAAUAUUUGGCUCCGAGAGUUCUGCCACGAGCACUCGGGAAAGACAGACUUGCCUCUGAUUUUUCUUCUUUCUUUUUUUUUCUUUUGGAGAAGAGAAAUAAAAAAUUGCCAGUGAAGCUUCGUUUUCUUCUUUUGUUUUUCUUUUUUUUUUCUUAGCGCUUCGGUUAAAAUCCGUACGCGGAUGAGUGCGCAUGUAGGCAUUCUGCUGGAGAUGUUUUACGAAACUUUAAGGAUGAUAUACCUUGGAUGUUUCCUGUUGCUCUGUGGGCUUACGCAUGUCAUGGCAAGCUAUCCUAUCUGGUGGUCACUAGCAGUCGGCCACCAGUACUCAUCACUGGGCACUCAACCUAUCCUUUGUGGCAGCAUACCAGGUCUGGUGCCCAAGCAGCUGCGUUUCUGCCGGAACUAUGUGGAAAUCAUGCCGAGUGUGGCUGAGGGGGUGAAGAUUGGCAUCCAGGAGUGUCAGCACCAGUUCAGAGGCCGACGCUGGAACUGCACCACCAUCAAUGACAGUCUGGCCAUUUUUGGUCCAGUGUUAGAUAAAGCCACUCGAGAGUCAGCUUUCGUUCAUGCUAUUGCCUCGGCGGGAGUGGCGUUUGCGGUGACCCGUGCCUGCGCCGAGGGUUCAGCCAACAUCUGUGGAUGUGAUACACGUCACAAAGGCCCCCCUGGUGAGGGCUGGAAGUGGGGUGGCUGCAGUGAGGAUGUGGAGUUUGGAAGCAUGGUGUCCCGGGAGUUUGCUGACGCAAGAGAGAAUCGGCCUGACGCACGCUCAGCAAUGAACCGCCAUAACAACGAAGCAGGGAGAAUGUCUCUCAACGACAACAUGUUUCUGAAGUGUAAGUGCCAUGGACUCUCUGGCAGCUGCGAGGUCAAGACGUGCUGGUGGUCUCAGCCUGACUUCCGAGUUGUUGGUGACUACAUGAAGGACAAGUAUGACAGCGCUUCUGAGAUGGUGGUUGAGAAACAUAAGGAGUCCCGUGGAUGGGUGGAGACCCUGAGACCCAAGUACAACUACUUCAAACCUCCUACAGAGCGCGACCUGGUUUAUUAUGAAAGUUCACCCAAUUUCUGUGACCCCAAUCCUGAGACCGGCUCCUUUGGCACCCGGGAUCGCAUCUGCAACCUGACGUCCCACGGCAUAGACGGGUGUGACCUUUUGUGCUGCGGCAGAGGUCACAACACGAGGACUGAGAAAAGAAAGGAGAAGUGUCACUGUAUUUUCCACUGGUGCUGCUAUGUCAGCUGUCAAGAGUGCGUGAGGGUGUACGAUGUGCACACCUGCAAAUAGAGAGGUUUUCGUCUUUUCUCACCAAAACAUAAUGACUUCACUGGGUUGAAGAAGAAAUGCAGAUUCCCACCUGCAAGACCAGAGAGACUGUAAAGCUCUGUGACAUGUCCGCGGACAAAGACACAACUGCCUCGUGUUUUUGUUUUGAUGCUACAACGAGUGAGUCUCUGCGUAAAUUAACUGAAACAGCCGAGUAGGUGUCAAAGUCCACGAACAUCACCCUGAUGGAUGGAUAGUUGUGAUGAUGGCAAUAAUGUUGAUAUCCGUAGCGAGCAUGAAAAAGGUGUGCUGAUGUAGGAAAGGAGAACUUGACAAACACCAUAUUGGUGAUUUUUUUCCCAGUGUAGUUACUUUUAAUCAAGAAUAGUCCAGCACUGCCAAUGCUUUCAAAUCUACAAGGCUAAAAAAAAAAACCAUUAAAAAAAAGGCAUUUCGUUGAAAGUGAACGUUUCCUUCAAUGUUUAAUCAUCGCUUGUUUUUGCAAUGAAAAGUAACAAGAGUUGUGAGCAGGUCACAUGAUCAGACACUCAACAGCAUGUUUUCUCCUCCUCGAUAUGACUACUUUAUUUGCGUAUUUUUGAACACUAACACAAUCAUUGUGUGCGUGAGUGUUUCUUUUACAAAGUGUUAUAUGUUACUGAUGUUUGGGUAAGAAUGCACUUGCACCUGAGUGAAUGUAGUUGUUUGCUGUGAUGUGUUUACAUUCUCAAUCUCUUAAGCUAACCAGUUAAUAUCUGCUUUAAGCCCCUAAUUUUAUUCGCGAGUAGAAAGGAAGCCACAUCCGACAAGCGCCAGCAAAAUGAGAAUAUAGUACACAGUCUGCACAUUUCCCGAAAGGCCAGAGAACACCUGGAUCAAAAAACCACCAAGAGUUAUGACCAAAGACCAGAAAAGAACCUCCCCACCCACCGCAUGAGGCUGUGAUAGUCAGUACUUGUGUCCCAUUGAUGAAUAUGAAGCAUGUUCUCCUUAUCCUUAACAGUAUUAGUGAUGUGCCACGUGACUCGGUGUGGGGAAAGCUGUUAUUUAUAAAAGGUGUAUUCCCAUAUACACAUAUAAUAUUCCUUUCCUUUGAUAUUUAAUCAAAUAGAAGCGUACUCCCUGGUAAACAUAGCACAAAUGGUAAUUAAAAAAAGAAAAAAAAAGCAGACAAAGCUGUAUUUUAUAAGCUCUCAAUAUUGCAGUGUAAUUUGCAGUCGCUGUAAUGUGAUGACCAAAACGUGUGUAUGUGAUCAUCCUCAGCCGUGGCUUUUUGUUCCCAAACUAAACAACAAGCAGCAUCACUGAAACUAUCAAUACUUCCUUUGUUUUAAUGCUGCUACGAUAAUAUGUGUACGUGUUUAGGUCCUUACACACAGUUUGUCCUCGUCUGUCUGUCUGUUUAAUAUUUGUAUUCUUGGCAUGUAUUGAUUCUUUCUGUGAAAGAAAUCUAUUAUAAGUAGUUUGGGUUAAAAAAAAAAAUGUGAAGUUUUACUAAUUUUUGCAAACAGUUUAACCAAAUAGACCAGAAUAGAGUUUAAUAUGUUAUUUUAGUCAUCUGUUACCUUGUAGUCAUGCUAAAACAUCAGGGCAAAGAUGAAACACGUUGUGCUCUCUUAAUUUGAGAAGAAAUACAAAAUAAAAAUUCAUUUUUUUAUUUAUGUGGAAAAUGUAAAACUACUGAAAACUGAGACAGAAAGUUACAUAAAGUUUAUGAAAAGUGCGUUUCACUGAUCGCCUCCACUGUGGAGGAGUGUGUAGAGUUUCUCAUUAAUGUUUACAGCUAAUGUAAUGCUACGUCUCAGGCGUGUGCGUUUAAUUCAAAAAUGCCCACCCAGGAUUCGAUAACGUCACGACUGAAAAUAUCAAUAAACAGCCAUAACCAGUUUCACAUAUUAGAUCAUUUUUUAGCAAACUACGCAGCAACCAGCAUUCAUACUAAAAGACCUGUUACAGUACACUUUUUCUGUGAGUGAUCGCCUGUAUGGAUAAUUUGGUUACUUUCUAAUUUGUUUUUGUUAAGUCUUUAAAUCCAAAGUUUUGUACAAACUAGUUCUUGUGUUUUUAUGAAUUUCUAAAAGCCGAUGUUUUUUUAUAAUUAUUUAUUUUAUGCUAUGUACAUAUUAGUAAUUAAAAGUAUAUAUUUGCGGAAAUACAUGUUUUGAAAUGGUGUUGUGUGACUUGUAACUUGUAGCCUUUUUACCUCAUCUCUGUUGUUCCACUGACUGGAUACAGGUGUUGUUUGUCCUACUGCCUGUAGUAGAUUUCUAAACGUUAACUCUGUAACACCAAAAUAAAAAAAAAUAUUUAAAAAAGAAAAAAAAGAGACAAUGUUUCUUUUUCUGUGGCUGAAGAUUUUUAUUAAUAUAUUUUAAUGUCAACACUGAUCUGUCACGAGAGCUGAGAAAUUACUGAAUCAAUGGCCAUGAGUGCUCAGUUUUGGCUUACCUGAGGAGAGGCCAGUGGACACUGAGGACAGUAUAAUGCAUUUAAUAUUCCUCUUGUCUGGUAUUUAUUCUUGCUGUCCGUACUAUUU